ACGGCCCGCGCCUGAGUGAAUGGAGCUGGAAAAUGGCAUCAGAAUAACCAUUCCUGUCUCUUAUCGUCUUACUGUAGUCCAGUGCUUUUUUCAUACUGAUAACCGAGACGCGAGCUGACGCUUUUCGAUUUCUUAUUUCUUUUCAUUUUUCUUUUCCCCUCUUUCUUUUCUUGUUUUUUUCCCCCUUUUUACAACACUUGCCUUGAAUGAGAAGAUGAAGGCUACCACUCCGCCUCGGGCCCGGAGGGACUCGUGCAGCUGCGCUGAACUCUCGGCCGAGCCGGAUCUGAGCUGCUUACAGCACGACAUGAACGACUGCUACAGCCGCCUGAAGCGCCUGGUGCCCACCAUCCCGCAGCACCGGCGCGUGAGCCGCGUGGAGAUCCUGCAGCACGUCAUCGACUACAUCCUGGACCUGCAGCUGGCGCUCGAGCGCACCGAGCACAGCGAGCACAGCGGGACGUGGCCGCGGAGCUCCGUCCGCACGCCGCUCUCCGUCCUCAACACGGAGCAGAGGACGCCAGUUGUCAAUAAGCAGGAAGACACGAUUUUGUGCCUCUGAAAUGCAGCAUAUCUCAGUGGUGUGCAGUGAGCCCAUCCAAAGCCAAGCCAAGCUUUGGCAGCGAAUCCGACACACACCAGGCCCAACGUGGGAUUGCAAAGCAGUUCUGAAUCUAAUGGCUUCUAAACCAUAAUUUAUAAACAUUUCAGUGUUAACUGUCAGUGAUGGCUGAGGCAGCCAAUGUUCUUCUCCAUUCACUCUAUUUUCUAUCAGUGAAGGAAAAUGCUGAAUUUGGUUAAUGAAUUUAUCUUAAACUCUCUUCCUCAUCUAUCUAUCUAUCUAUCUAUCUAUCUAUCUAUCUAUCUAUCUAUCUAUCUAUCUAUCUAUCUAUCUAUCCUCUCUCUCUCUCUCUCUCUCUCUCUCUCUCUCUCUCUCUCUCUCUCUCUCUCUCAUUUCUUAAAUUUGGUAUUUCAACAUACCAGGAAAAAAAGCUUGUCUAAUUUUUACUAAGGAACCUCGCACUGUAAAGCUUUACAAUAACAAUAAAAGUAAAAAUGCUGACAUCUAUUGUUAAAAAUAGAUGAUUUGUUUUAAACAGGGAUUUCUCUGCAAUUAAAUUGUUUAAUAUUGUAAAGAAAGAUAAUACAUGUUGACAAAUAAUCCUGUAAAUAUAUAAAAAACAAAUAGGAUGUUCUAUAAUUGUAUGUGUAAGAAUAUCUAUAUGCUACUGUAAUUAUAAGAUAUUUUUAUUGAACGUUUUUUUUUUGUAAAUAUUGUGUUUUCCAUAAGUGUAGUGAAGAAUUACAUGAUUGUUCUGCUAAUAAAGAUCUCACAUCACAAGCUAA